AUGGUUAAGAAAAAAGUAAAAGGUAAAAGUAAUAAAGAGGAAAAAGAAGAGGAUAGAGCAGAGUGCAACUAUUGUGGGGCUGAUUAUGCAGCUGAUAGUAAGUAUUGUGGGACUAGUACAUUGUGGAGUCAUGUUGAGAAAAAGUGCAGGAAGUGUCCAUUUAGUGAUUGGGUAGAGCAGAAUAAGAAACAAACGAUGAUAACUCAAUUUACAAAGAAGACUCUUGAUUAUGAAGUUAACUCAAGUGGGACUACCACAAUGAAGUUUAGUCAGAGUAAAGUGAGAGAAUUGAUUAGCAAGUACUUCAUUAUUGAUGAGCUUCCUUUCAGGCAUAUUGAAGGGAAAGGGUUUCGCUUGCUUGUUACUCAAUUUUUUCCAAACUUUGACUUUCCUUCAAGAUUUACAAUUGCUCGUGAUAUCUACCAGUUGUUUUUGGAGGAAAAGAAAAAAUUGAGAAAUGAAUUUGUCAAUCGUAGGUUGUCUUUAACUACUGGUUGUUGGACUUCCAUACAGAAUAUUAGUUACAUGUGCCCUACUGCUCAUUGGAUUGAUGACAAUUGGAAGAUGCAAAAAAGGAUUAUUAGUUUCAUUCAGGUUCUUAGCCAUAAAGGUGACAUGGUUGCAAAAGAACUGAUCAGUUGCCUCAAUCAUUGGUGGAUUACUCAACUUUUCUCCAUCACUGUUGACAAUGCCUCUUCAAAUGAUGUAGCUUUGAGAAAAGUCAAGGAAUAUUUGUCUGAAAAACAAAAUGCUUUAGUUUUGGGUGGAGAGAUGUUUCAUAUGCGGAGUUGUGCGCAUAUUCUGAACUUGUUUGUUAGUGAUGGUUUAAAAGAAAUGAGUUAUGUCAUUUCUAGCAUAAGGAAUGCAGUUAGGUAUGUGAGAUCUUCACCAGCUAGGUUGAAGAGGUUCAAAGAAGCAUGUAAAGAUGUAAAUGUUGAAUCGAAAGCUUUAUUAUGUUUAGAUGUGGUGACAAGGUGGAACUCCACCUACAUGAUGCUAGAGGCUGCAUUGAAGUUUAAGAAAGCUUUUAGGUAUUUGGAAGGGGAUGCAAAUUACACAAAGUAUUUUGAAGAAGAAAGAUUCAGUGGGUCAUUGUAUGUCACAUCAAAUCUUUUCUUCCAAGAGAUUCUUGAAGUUCAAAUUGAGCUUAAUGAUAUGAAGAGUAGUACAGAUGAGCUGAUGAGUAAAAUGGCGGGGAGCAUGCAAUUGAAGUUUGACAAGUAUUGGGGCAAUGUUGAGAAGAUUAAUUUGUUGCAAUAUAUUGCCUCUAUUUUGGAUCCAAGAUUCAAAUUGGAUGUUGUUCAUAAUGGUUUCAGGUGUCUCUAUGAUCCCAUUCGAGCUAAAAAAAUGAUAAAGAAAGUUGAGAAUAUGAUGACUACCUUGUAUGCAUUUUAUAAGGGCAUUGUUAUGCCACCUAGUUCCUCUAAUGAUCAACAAGCAAGUGAAAGUGUCACUUCCAAUGCAAGUGGAAGUUCUAGUAGCUCGUCAUUUCUUAUUAAGCGAAGGCUUAUUUCGAGUGAAGUAACCAGCAAUGAUUUGGAUGAUUAUUAUGCAGAUCGAAAGGAAAAGUUAGUUGAGGAUACGAAUUUUUACAUUCUAGAUUGGUGGCAAAGGAAUGGAAACAAGUAUCCUAUUGUCUCUCAUAUUGCAAGAGAUGUUCUGGCUGUACAAAUGUCUACAAUUGCUUCUGAAUCAGCUUUUCAACCGGAGGACGGAUUCUCAAUCCAUUUAGAAGCUCUUUGUCUCCAAAGAUGGUCGAGGCUUUAA